AUGAAAGACGAGCGCGGAAUUUACGAACCACAACUGCAAGAGGAUCGCUCUGGCCACGGCAUGAAGUCCUCAGGCCCGAGUCGCGUCACCAUCGUCAAUCCACGAGACCAGAUCCCCCCCGACACGCCCAUUCGGACAGGCGCCGAGGACGAGACUACGACCGAGACCGUUCGCCCGACGACAGAACUUCACGACGCAGAGAAGGGACCGCACCUGGCUCCGCCCGAGCCUGGGGAUAAGGCUCGUCGACGCAGUCGGAGUCGAGGCCGUCGAGACUCGCCACACUCACCGUCCAAGAGGCAUCGCAGCCGCAGCCGCUCCCCGGGCCAUCGCCAUCGGAAGAAAUCCAAGAGGCACAGUAGCUCUUCACACCGUGCUCGCGACUACGACGAGUCGGCAUCGUCGAGGCACCGUCGCCGACACUCCCCGCACCGUCGUCGGAGAAGCCCGACCCGAGUUCACGCGUCCCCGAGGCGACGGGACGGCGACGACGACGAAGAGCGCUCACCGCGUCAAAGGCGCUACUCCGGACCCGAAUCCCCCAUGGACACCGGAUCUUGUCGCUUCCGUCGCGACUCACAGUACUCCAUGUCGGACGCCCCGCGUGGCCCCCAUAGCCGCUCGCCAGUCCCGAGCGGUCGGCACGAAUCCAGGGCUCGACGCCCAGACUCCCGCGAUAGACACGGCCCGGCCCCUGCAUUGAGAAAUCCCUCUGCAUCCGGCCUUGGUCGUCGGCCGAGCUCAAACGAUGCCCCUCGCUCGCCCAGAGCUCACCGAGACCAACGCCGCCGUCGCCACCAGGAGACGCCCGAGCACUGGAGCUCUACGCGGUCCGAUGUCGAUGACGAGAUGGCAUCCCGCGGAGGCUACCGGGAUGUACCCGUAGCUGGCUACCAGCCGGCAUACUCGCAGCAAAGGCCCCAGUAUCACAACGACCCUCGAGGCUAUUCUCAAUCACCGCAGCCCCCACACCCGUAUCGUGACUCACCAGGUCAUUCGCCGUAUGGAGGAGGUGGCGGCGGCCGCUCGGGCUGGGGCAGCAAUUUUUCUCCCUCACACCAAUAUCCUCCACCAUAUACCCAGGGCUCCGGCAGUUAUGGGCCACCUGCUGGGUUUUCCGGGCCCUAUCCCCCUGAACGGCCACGCUCACCUCCCCAGGGUCCCCACCGUGGAUCAUCUCGGGGCCGCGGUUUCAGGACGUCUUCUUUCAGCAGCGGCGGCCGGCAGAGAGGACCCGAUGCCGACUCAGGAGGACACUGGGAUGUGCCUUCGGAUUCUGGGCGAGACCGCCGCCCCUUUGACGAGGCACCUCCUGCCGCCAACGGCGAUGGCAGACCGAGUCCGGACGACGUCGACAUGGACAGACCUCCAUCGGACGACCAGGCCGACGUCCCGCCACCGCCCAAGCAACAGGACCAGGACGGCGCUCAGGGGCGACCGCCCGCUUCGGGAUCGGGCAAGUUCAGCUUCGCCUUCAAACCGUCAAAGCCCGCCACAGCAGCUGCGCCGAAGCCGGAGAUAUCGCAGAAGCUCAACGCGGUGGCACCUAGGAAGGUGUCACUGGACAGGAGCCAGUCCGGCCGGGCGCCGCCGCCGUCUGCGCCUACAGAGCCAGCAUCGGCGCGUGCUCGGUACGAGCCUAGCAAGGCGCCGCCCGAGGGACCGAGAGCGGUGCCCCGGACGCGCAAGGUGAAGAAGAUGAUCCGUCGACCCAAGCCGCGGCCAACACUAGCGCCCGAGCACGCCGCGUCGGACUCGGUCUUCUUCCGCAAGCCGGGCAACGAGUCCGUCGUCGGGUCGGGCACGUACGGCAAAGUCUUCAAGGGCCUCAACGUGUACACCAAAGACCUCGUGGCGCUAAAGCGCAUCCGCAUGGAAGGCGAGCGGGAUGGCUUCCCGGUGACGGCGGUGCGCGAAAUCAAGCUCCUCCAGUCGCUGCGGCACGCCAACAUUGUCAACCUGCAGGAGGUCAUGGUGGAGCGCAACGACUGUUUCAUGGUGUUCGAGUACCUGUCACACGACCUGACGGGCCUGCUCAACCACCCGACCUUCAAGCUGGACGAGUCGCAGAAGAAGCACCUGGCGAGCCAGCUCCUUGAGGGGCUAGACUACCUGCACACGCGCGGCGUGCUGCACCGCGACAUCAAGGCGGCCAACGUGCUCGUGAGCUCGACCGGCGUCCUGAAGCUGGCCGACUUCGGCCUCGCCCGUUUCUACGCCAAGCACCACAACCUCGACUACACCAACCGCGUCAUCACCAUCUGGUACCGGUCGCCCGAGCUUCUGCUGGGCGAGACGCGCUACACGGCGGCCGUGGACGUCUGGAGCGCGGCCUGCGUCAUGGUCGAGAUCUUCUGCCGGUCCGCCAUCUUUCCCGGCGACGGCACCGAGCUCAGCCAGCUGGACAAGAUAUACGCCAUGAUGGGCACGCCCACCCUGGCCGACUGGCCCGGACUCGUGGACAUGGCGUGGUUCGAGCUUCUCAAGCCGACCGUCAAGCGACGUAGCAUGUUUGCCGAGAAGUACAAGGCCAGGCUGUCCCCCGCGGCGUUCGACCUCGUCCUGAAAAUGCUUCACUACGACCCCGCAAAGAGGCCUACUGCCGCCCAAGUCUUGAGUCAUGCUUACUUUGUCGAUGAGGAGCCUCUUCCCAAGCAAGCAAUCGAACUCACAGGUCUAGGCGGCGACUGGCACGAAUUCGAAUCAAAAGCCCUCCGUAAGGAGAAUGAACGACGAGAAUUCGAAGCACGCAAGGCCUCGUCGGCUCGUGAUAAUAACAAUCACAACCAUACCGUUAACAGCAACAACGACAACAGCAACAGCAACAACAGCAACAACAACAGCAACAGCAACAGCAACAACAACAGCAACAACAACAACAGCAACAACACUACUACAACCACCACCAUUACCAAUACUAAUACCAAAAAGAGGUCAGCGGAGGGAGAUGGAGAUGAGAAUGGCUCUUCACAGCAGAAGAACAGAUCACAGCCUGUUAAGAAGUUGCAUGUUGAGGAUGAUGGUGCAGAUGUACCUGUAUGA